UUGUGGGAUUGGGAUCCCUAUUUAAACGAUCCAGUGCUACUGGAUCUAGAGAAUAACUUAUAAUUAAAAAAACUGUGCUAGAAAUGUCAAUGUCAAAAUCAUUUUGGCAACUCUUUCUUUUCUCUCAACAGUGUUGUGGAAAUAGGUUAUUUCUAAAAUGGCCAAACGCACGAAGAAGGUUGGAAUUACAGGCAAAUAUGGAACGCGUUAUGGUGCUUCCCUACGUAAAAUGGUCAAGAAAAUGGAAGUGACCCAGCAUGCUAAAUACACUUGCUCUUUCUGUGGAAAGGAUGCAAUGAAGAGAUCUUGUGUUGGUAUCUGGUCAUGCAAGCGCUGCAAGAGGACUGUAGCAGGAGGCGCCUGGGUGUUCUCUACAACAGCUGCUUCCUCCUGCCGAUCAGCAGUGAGGAGGUUACGUGAAGUCAAGUAAACAUCUGACACUAGAAUAAGGCAAUAAAUUUAAAACUAAA